AAGUUCUUCCUGUUCCGCCUAGCCAAUUCAGAUCGUGAAAUAUAUGUGUCUCUUUUUUUCUACACGUUUUUGUAUUAAUUGUCUCACUCCAAUGACCUUUGGUUUUGCGGAAUAAUAAUAAUAAAAUCUUUGUUUACUUCGACUAUCUCGAGCAAAAUAUGUUUUUGUUAUUGUGUGUGAUAAUACUUUCGAUUUGUUUUGACAAAAAUCAAACUUCUCUUUCUAAGUUGCACAUUAUUGUGUAAAACAGUUUCAUAUAAGCAGAGUGGUGUUCCGAGGUACAAUUAAUAAUAAACAGUGAGAAAACUAUUGUUUGUCUAUAUACGAUACAUAUUAUUGAAAGUCAUUGUGAUUAAUCCAAGUGAUGAAUUUUAUUUGAUUUGUGUUCUUUCGAGUUAUGUAAUCGGACCAGAGAAUAAUGUUAUCUAGUUGCAACUGCAAUAAAAAUUAAAAUAGUGAUAAUGAAUAGAGUUAUUGUGUGUAAUAUCGAUGAUUAAAUUUAAAUAUAAGCAAAAUAUUGACACGUGGGUUUCGUUGUGAAUUAAUCGAUAAAGUCUCAAGGCGCGUGCGCUAGUCUAUCAACAAGACUAUUUAUUAUACGUCAAGGUCACUCGACGCAAACACGUGCAAUGUCGGAUUCUAUUUACACAAAUGACUUUCUACUCGAGCCAGGCGUAGAUAUAAAACAGGAGUCCCCUUUUGAGUUGGGCUCUAUGACCGCCUCGGUGCCAAUCCCUCAACGGCGCGCCGAUCUCGGCGACUUCAAUACAGACUUGGACCUCUGCCUCCAGGACAACCUGACAGGCUCCUUCCACAAUGUACCAACUAUGCAGUACAACAAGUUCGAAAGCGACACAUCCUCCAAAAUGGACACAUUUAAAAUGGAUGAUGAUGAUAUAUUUCAAGUGGACAAAGCUGACUUAAUUCUUGGGCCAACUUUAGCAGAAUUGAAUGCAAACCCAGAUACACUUCUAGAUGAUUUAAAUUUCGAUGAUUUGCUUCUGCCAGAAGAGAGUGGGUAUUGUGUGCAAAUAGGUGGGGCUAUGAGUGGCUCCCGUGGCAUGAAUAAUGUACAGAUAAACAAUACAAUACCUGCAGAUAGCCCAUGCAGUCCCUAUGGCAGAGCCCAGCUUGCAUUCUCUCCUGCAAGUCAACACAGCUCUGCUUCUUCUAGCUUUGCCCAGCCUGUGAAUCAAUUACCAGAAUUAUUGCUACGAAUGGAUGGUUAUAGCGGUGAAAUUGCACUGGGACAAUCAGUUCCUGCAUCAACAGUUUUGCCACCAUAUCCUAUUAGUGUAAAGCCACAACACACACAACUGUCUUCAUCAGCUCCCACUCACCUCACUAUGGAACAGAUAUGGCAGCGUCGUGAGCCACGUAAACAUCUUCUAUCUACAAGUUCUCUGGCAGAGGCGGGAUCUGCAUCGUCUCUUUCUGGUGGCUUAUUGAGUCCUGGUACAGGAGAGUUCUCCCAGGAUGAGGAUGAUAGAGAUGUAGAAUCUGAUGAUGACAGUGACCGUUAUGAAGAUCUUUCUUCAGAUGAUUCCAAUGAUGAAUCAGAGACAAAGCAAGCACGGAUGAAUGCCAAAAAAGAAAGAUUUUUCUGGCAAUACAAUGUUCAAGCCAAAGGACCCAAGGGUCAGCGGUUGGUUUUGAACAAGAAAUCAGAGGAUCCACAUAUUUUAAAUUCAGUCACAGAUCCCGUAUUCAGCCCAAGUUGUAGUGUUAGGGGCAUAAAACACAGUGGCAAAGCAAGGAAAGGUGAUGGAAAUGAUUUGACUCCAAACCCAAGGAAAUUAUAUUUGAUAGGUAAAGAGUUGGACAAUUUGGGAAAAGUAAUAAAUGAUAUGAUACCUGUCAGUGAGCUGCCUUUCAAUAUAAGGCCAAAAACAAGAAAAGAGAAAAAUAAAUUGGCUUCACGUGCUUGUAGAUUAAAGAAGAAAGCACAACAUGAGGCCAAUAAAAUAAAAUUACAUGGUUUAGAACAAGAACACAAGCGACUUUUACAUGGUAUUAAACAAAUGAAACACAUUAUUAGUAACAGGAUGACUAAUUCACAAAAUGAUGUUGAUUGGAAUUCCCAUAUAAAUAAUGUCGUCAAAACAGCAACAGAGGUAAAUAUAGCUGGAAAGACAUCGGAGUUUGUUAAUAAAAUCUUGGACAAUGUCAAAUCGGGUCAAAAUAAUGGCGGCAUAAAUGAUAUUUAAGGUAAAACAAAAUAAAUUACAGAUGUGAAUAUAAAAACGAAAGGCUGUUCUAUGUACCUCCAAAGUUAUUUAGAGAAAAGAGUUUUAUGUUACGUCUUAUGAAAGCUUAAUUGUCCAAGACAAUUUUAUUUUUGUAUGGUAAUAUAGAAUUAGUCACUAGACGCUUAACUGAAGCAACCAUAAUAUUUUGUAAGGAAAUCGAUUAAAGUUUUUAUCUUAUAUAUGUUACAGUUAAAACCCUUUUUAAGUUACAACUAGAGAAAACGCAUUGUUUCUGAGAAAGGGUUUUAACUGUAACAUAUAGAUGAUAAUACCAUAAAUAGAUUUAAGUCAUAUUCUGUUUAAAAUGUAGGCGUUCAAUAGAAUUACACUACACGAAACAAAAAUUAAAUAAUGAUGUGACAUCAAUAUAUUACCCACAUUGAAUGUGUAUACAGAUUACAGACUACCAUCGGCUUAAUCGUAUAUCGCGGGAUCGAAAUAAAUAGAUAAUAAGAUACUAUAUUUAAUGUUAUGAGUAAACCACAUAACUUCCAAAUUUAAUAUUGUAAUACAAUGUUUGAAAUUCUUUAUUACUGUAAUCGAAAUUGCCUAAUCAAUAAUGAUUAUUUUUUAGAAUACUAGGCCAGCAUUUAUUGUAGGCGAUUAUGUAAUAUUAUAUUCUCAUAAGCAAUAUAUUUAAAAGCCUCGGUAAUCGGCAGCGUGCUAAACGAAGUUUCUACAUGUUACCUUUAUAUAAAAAGCAAUUUAAUUGGGAUUUAUUAUUAAAAAUGCUUAUUAUGAUAUAAUAAAAAGUUAAUUUACCAAGUAAAUUUUUAUUUAAUGGCACUGUGAUCGUGUAAUGAAGCCAUUAUAAAAAACGAAGUAACAUACCGUCAUUGUUUGCGUAAAAUGGAUAAAAAGUUAUAUCUUUUUGAAUGUUUCUUAUAUAGCAAUUGAAACCAAUCGACAAAUUGGAAAUGUGUGAAAUAAGUUUACAAAUUAGUCAUCAAAAUCUACUAAAUUCGAAUUUUUCUUUAAAUGUUGCUAUGGAGCAUUGAUAUUUCAAUAUUUUUUUAUUACAAUUUAUUAUACUUGAAAAUAUUGAUAAAGGAAGGUGUGCCAUUUUUUUUGAAACAAAUGUUCCAAACAGUCCCGAGGCUAGGGUUAUCACUUUUAUUAGGUAUAACUAGUUUUUGCUUGCGGUUCGUUUAUUGAAUAGUGAAAACAUUAUAAAAAAAAUAUAUAAUAAAAUCUUAUUGCGAACUUGCAUUUCUAUAAUCGCGUAUAGUUUUCGCUUUAUCCGAAACCAUGGUUUUACACGCGGAGUCUUGGGCAUAUAGCAGUACUGUCUAUUUUGAAGGUUCAUAUUAUUAAUAAGCUUUAUCGCCCGUAUGCAUACAUAUUAUUAGAGUUCUGAAUUAGUGAUAUUUAUACAAAUAUAAUUGCCUAAAUAUAAUAUAUUUUAUAUAAGUCAGUUUUAUAAUAUUUCCAAAUAAUUACCGCAUUAGAUUUAUAUUUUUAAUUGCCAUUAUUAAUAUAAGAUCCAUUCAUACAGCAUGAUCUGCAUCAUAUUAGUAGUUGAGAAAUAGGAUAUACUUAUUGUAGAACUUAUGCUAUAGGCUAUAAAUGUGUUAUUUUGUAAUACCCUAGUUGUGCACCUCAUUUUAUAUUGUGGUCCGUGCACAAAAGCUAGUCACAUCCUGAGGUAUACGAGCGACAAGGGAGGCGGCUGUGUCAUUUGGACCUUGUGCAAAAAUGGUCAUACCCAAAAAGUAGUCAAAAUUCAAAUAUUUAUUGUAAACUAUCAAAAAUAACAUAUAUUAUUUGGUGAUUUUAUUCUAGUAAUGUAAUUCAGUUCUAACCCCAUGAAGGAAUAAAAAUAUGUUUCUAUUGCAUACAUAACAAAUCAUUAUCAACAUUUUGAAAGAAUUACUUUGUAUAGUUAGAUUGCCAGUUUCUAGGUAGGAUCAUUUCUGCGAACUCGGUCCAUUUAUUAGCUCUCAUGGUAUUCUGUCGUCCCGUCUUUCUGGGGUUAAUAUUACAUCUAUUACUAGAUAUGUAUAAGAGAAUGAAAUUCUGAAACAUUACUAAUAUUUAUUCUAUUAGAAAUUGUUUGAUAAUUACAUUCUAUUAUAAAAAAAAAAAUAUUUUCCUAAUUGCGAUUGGUUCAACGAACAAACAUACCAUCUGCCGCACCCUUCGCUUAGGUUGGAUUGCGCGUCUAUUUUUAAAAGUUGGUAAUUGAGCGGUGAAGUGGAAAGGAUUUAAAUAAUAUUUUAUAUAUACAUCAAUAUCCCAAAUACUUUUUAACUGGCUCCAAAGAAGGUCUAUUCGUCAUAUUUUUUCUAUUUUACUUUGUUCAGCGAUAAUUGUAACCCUGUAGGCCGAUUAUGAUUAUUUUUGUGUUCGAUUUCGCAUACGUUCGGAAUGGUCCCUUUUUAAUUUCAUUGGUAUAGGACCUAGGACUUUGAAGAUGCAGCGGGAUACUGCUCAAAAUAAUAACGACUUUCAUUAUUCUUGGGUCCAAAACAGCUUCGAGAUACUCCUUUUAUUAACAAAAAAGAAAAAAAUAUAAACCUGUUAAUAUAAAAAUAACGACUCAACAAAUCACUAUAGUACAAAAAUAAUUGAACUGUAUAUGUAUAUGGAUUUAUAAAAAAAUACUAAAACACAAGCAAUGUUAUUUAUUCUUCGAUUCGUGUUUUUAUAUUUAUAUGCACACAAUUUAUUUUUUGAGUCGGGUGUAAUUUUAUGCUAGCUAUAUGAAGUUAAAACUCGAAUAAAUAUUCAAUUCAAAUUAGGCACCUUUGCAGACAUAAAAAUACGAAUUGGGACGAAGAUAAUAACACUGGAUAAAAAAAAUAUAUGUUAUUAAUCCUCAUGUAAAGUUUUUGGAUUGUAGUGGUUUUCGGGGUCAGUUGUUUUUCGUUAAAAAGUUUUUAUAAUGGUUCCUUUUGUUUCCGAAAUUGUUAGUAAUUUAAUAUAUUUAUUAUUUUAAUAAUAAUGGUGUAUGUUAUAGGGUAAUAUACAUACCUAAUUACAUUUUUUUUUGUUAUCGUCUCUAAUGAAGUUUUUAAUGGAGUCCAGGUCAUACUAAUCUACAUGGUAUUGUAUUGAAGUUUAAUAAAUUAUAAUCAGUGCAGACUAGCUUAGCUAGAUUUUAGCAAGUGAGUAUAAAUAGAUAUAUAAGGUAUAUGUUAAGAUUUAACAAAGUUAAGUUUUUAACGUAAAGUGGGUUUGAGACAUUUAUUAAUAUUUAUAACAUGCAUAGUUUAUUGUAAAAUAUGUUUGCUUGUUAGGUUUUAAAAUUUGAUGAACAACUUGAUUUUUUUAAUAUACUUUGUGUUUUGUGUCUAGUCGUAAAUUUAUUACAAUUAAAAAUAAUUAUAAGUAUAUAUUUCCUUUUAUGAAUUUCUUGGAAAGCCUAAUACUCUGGCCGAUGUGGAAAAAUUCAAAGCAUAGCAUUAUUGGAUACUUAUAUUAAAAAGAAUGAUUAUAUUUAACAUAACAUGAAUAUUGCGUACAUUUACAACAUUUUCUGUAGUAGUAGGCAUCAGGGAGCGACCGACAUACGCCGAAUUUUUAUUAAUACAAAAGGUAAAGCUUGACGAAAUUUUAAUUUGUUUUUGGGAUAAAAUAUAACAAAUGUUAAAAAUUUGUGCAAUGGAUUGUGCUACUGAUUCUCGACAAACUAAUCUCGGGUUUGUAAUAUACUAAAAAUAAUGUAUAAAUUUCGUAAGAAUUACUCUGGGCGGUCAGCUGCAUAAUGGACAUAAAUAGGUACCCGUAUUACAUACCUAAUAUUAUUAUGAGCACUCGCAGUAGUUUUAAUCGCAGAUAGCUAUAGGCUUUCGAUUGAGCAUCUAGAUUCCAGACGACAUACUCGAAUUUUCUUUCUUAACUAUUUUCACCUGUUCAAGACUGCUAAUGGCAGCUUUGUCUAUAAUCUCUAGCGAUUUCUACUGGUCGCGGCUCCAAUACUCGAACAUUCGAAUUGUUACUCGCAUAGAUGAUUACCACACCGUUAUAUGGGAACAUAAUAGCUUCAGUUAUUAUUUGUCGCUAAUGGACAAUUAGCAAGUCAAUCUGUUUAUUUAUUUGUAUUCGGAGCAUUACAUGAGCUUGCAGAUUACAAUACUAAAACUCGUGCCUAUUUUUACUGUACUAAUUCGAUAGUGACAAUUUUUCCUCCGAAAUUUUUUGUCCGCGGAUCGUGAUAUGUGCUGCAAAUGUUUAAAAAAACAUUGCUAAUAUAAUUUGUUAUAGUUGUUUAUUAAAUUGCAUAAAAUACUUUUCUCAUUUGGCAAAUUAUAGUUGAUGAUAUUAUUGUUGCCUGUUAGUUGGGAUAUGUAUAGACAUGUACUAUCCACAUACAAUAUUGAUAGUACAUAACUAUAUAGAGUACAAAUUAAACAAGUAGGUACCCACACGGACGUUGCCAGGGGGAGUAGGGUAGGCUGUCAGCCAAUAUUUCCUUAUAGAUUAAACACAAGUACAUACUAUUGUAUGUGUUUUCUACUACUAUUGGGCCUGCCUUUAUGAAAUUUACGCUGCCCCCCUCUCUAUCAGAUUAAAAUUUAAGAGUUGCCUGCCCUGUGGGUCCCUAUGUAAAAUAGCUUGGUCCCAAAUAUUUGAUAAUAUUUAUUUAUACUGUAAAAUGAUAGUAAGUUAUUACAGUAAGGAUAUUCAUUAUGAGUCGCACAUUUGCCAUACUUUUUGUAGCUGUGUUGAAACAUCUAACGAUGUGAUUAGCUGUACCUAAUUAGGAAUUUGCUUGUAAGCUUAAUUUUUUAUACUACAUUGAUAUUGUUUUUAAUGAUCGGUCAUAUUACUGACUCAUGUGCUUAUCUCUAUUUACAAUAAUAUAUGAAAUAUUUAUGUUAUUAUUAGGUGUGGUUAGACUAUCACAGUUACUUAUAUCUUAAAAUAGUAUAAUUUUGCUAAACAUUCAAAGUUUAAAUAAUAGCAUUUACCUCUAUUUAAAAAUCAGUUAUUUUACAAAAGUAUUGUCAGUUUCAACUUAUACAUACCCAUUUAACAAACCUGACAUUUAUAUCGUUUUGCAUGAUUUGUUCUAUAAUAAUUAUGUGUUUAUAUUUUGGUAUAUAAUUUAUAAAAAAUCAUAAUAUGCUGCAAAUAUUCAUUUAACAUUAGAUUUCAUUAUUGUAGUUAUAUCCUCAUUAAUAAUAUUUUUGCCAAUCAUUUAAAUAAUAUUGAGUUAAAUAUGAUGUAAGUAUGGUAAAUUCUGCAUAUUUUUUAAAUAAUAUAAUAUGGUAGUUUACAAUGUUUAAGUCUAUAUCAAAAAUAAAAAUAAAAUUGCUUGUAUCUGAGUAUAUUUUGAACGCGCAAUUAAUUGUUCUUCGUAAUAUAGAUAUUUGUAGUUGACUUUUUGUUAUUUAAAUAAAUAUCUUAGUGUUGUAUUCUGUAUGUUAUACAUUUAUAUCAAACUUAAGUUAAUGAUACAAUUUUCUAAAGUAUGUGUCUGUUUCAAAUAUUUUAUAUGUAUAUGACGUCCAACUUUCAUAUAUACAUGUAAGAUCAAUAUCAAUGCGCUAUAGACCUAAAAUGUUUAUAGUAAACGUAGUAUUUCGACGUGAGGCCCCUUUUUAAUAAAGGUAGGUAUAAUAGGACAUUUUGGUAUCUUUAAUAGUUAUCUAGCGUAAUAACAUACAGACAGACGUAAAAUACUCAUUGUUUACCUAUAUACUUUUAUAGCUAAGUCUAAUACGUUCAAGACCCACAAUGUUACAAAAAUCAUCGGUGCAUUGUGACUUCUACGUCUAAGCAGAAAAAUAGGACACAUUGCUGCAACUGCUCUAUGUUUUGAUCAUGUUCAGUGUAAUCAAAGAUGAAACAACCAAAUAUUGCAGUAUAGAAGCAGUAAGGCCCAAUUCGAAUAACGGUUUGACAUUCUGUAGUCGGUAGUUUCAAUUGGCAGUUGCUACUAUAGUAGUAUUAUUGCCUUUAAUUAUAAUAAUAAUUGUUACACUCGCGGCUUGAUGGCAGAUAGUUUUGGCAUUUGAGUGAAAAAAGAAAUGUAUCAAAUUAUAUUGAAAGUUGGACGAGUUUCUUACAUUUGGCGAAUUAUAACAAUGUACAUUCACCAAUCGUCUGUCUUGUCCCAUUCGGGUCGUGCGAUCCCUGAUGACGGAGUUCCAUUCCAAUCGUUGUGAUUUUUUUUCACUAUGUUACAGAAAAAAAUUGGCUUGAUAUUUAAGACAUAUUUCGCUGGGAUGGUAUUAAGGUGACCACGAUAUCUCGUAAUUAUUAUGGCGUCAUUUGACUGGUUAUUUCAUCGUUUGCUAAUCGCAAGUGUUGAUUCUAGUAACGAAAGGUAGGUACGUUCUUUAUAUUGAGUGAUAACUUCUGUAUUAUACAGGUAGUUUGCUGCUGAAAAGAGAUUUUAUUAAAUCAUACUUUGUCAUUCACAAUGAUGAAAUACCUACAUAUAUGUAGGUAACAACAAUUCGUACGUUCAUAAUAUAAAAGAACGCACAUUUGAUUUGUAACUUUUAUGUUACAGAUCACCACGAUAGACCCUUAUAUAAGUAAGUAUAUGAAUAAAUAUUGUAUCAUAAAUUUAUAUGGAACUACGGGUUGUUUUUUCUCAUAAAAUCCAGCCCAAAAUCAGGUAUCUACGUACUCAGCGCCUCGCGCUAAAAUAUGAGUAGGAGGAUCUAUCAUAUUCGCACGCUUAAUAUUAUAGUAACCGAAUUAAAAAAAACAGCUUUUUGACAAAUAGCAAAGAAUGUUUUGCAUUCCAGACUUCGGCCAUUUAUGAUUUCUUAUGUUAUCGUACUUCUUAUUAAUAUUAAAAGUGCGAAAGUUGUAAGUAUGUCUUGAAGUUUGUUAGAAGUAAACUCAGAAAUAGUUGAGCGGAUUUAGAUGAAAUGUGGCACACGGGUAGACUAUGUACUGGAUUAAAUCCGUUCAACUGUUUCAGCGUUAAUUCUAACAAACAUAUAAGCUUUUUCUUAUUGGAUUGAGUUCGACAUACGGUUUACUGUAACUAACUCAUUUUGUAUUGUGUCACUGUAAUACCUUGAUAGGUAAAAUGUGUAACUGCAAUCAUGUUACCCAAAUUCAUAUUAUAUUUUCUGACCAGGCACUAUUGGAGAAUGUACGUUGUACUUAAUAUACUUAUUUUUUUUUUUUACUUUUAAAACCAAAUCCUACUGUUCUGCGAUUCAAUAGGCUGUGCAUUUUUUUGUAUAUUAUUACGAGUGUAUCCAUAUUUUAUUUUAUAAGUUUCUUACGUUAUAAUAUUUUCUUUAUGAAUUGUAAAAAAUCUAAUCAUUACAUAUUUUAUGUUACUUUGUAUUGAAGUUGAAUAAAUGUAUUACCAUGAGA